AUGUCUCAUUUCGGAACUGGCUCUUCGUCAGUUUACAAUACUGGCAUCGCCUCUGGUAGAUUAGCUGGUAGAGGACUUCGGAUGCACUUAUACGAGACCAUGUGGAUGUCGGAACAAAGGCGAGAUAAACUAAAAAUGCUCCGCAACAUACUCGUAAAACGUGGUGCAAUAUGUCCACUCGAAAAUAUUGAACAAAAUCCGAGUCGACUAGGUAGCAUGACAUCGUACCUUGGAUGGGAAUUGCCCAUAUUCACGCUGGCUCGAUUGUUCUGUGAUGAAAGUUAUACUCUAUUUGCCCAAGAUGUAACGGUUUUAUUGCGCAAUCUCCGGUGGCUCACACGGUUUCCGUAUGCACGCGCCGCGAGUGUUGUCGACAAACCAGUGGUACCUAAAGUGCCAUCCAGCGACUAUGUACAACCGUACGGCUGCAAAUGA